AUGUACAGAAGAAACACUUGUUUUAUGAAAAAAGAUAUGUGUACGUUUCAUUUGAAGUUAAAUUCUAGACAUGAUUUUUUUCUUCAGUAUGAAGUUGACAUUACAACGAUUACCCUGACAGUUACUUACAGAGGAAAUACGGUAGAUGUGUUCAUAAGUGUGACGCCAGUGAAUGAAUUCGCUCCAGUAUUUAUAAACAAUCCUUACAAUAUCACAUUACCAGAGUCCACGCGGGUUGGCACUGUGGUAUACAAACUGAAGCCAAAAGUUCAAGAUAAAGAUGUGGGAGGUGUUCAUGACUUUUAUUUCCAAAUUCAUCCAUACAGUUUAAAUGACUACGACGGUUCUGCCUUUUUCAGUAUUCCUGCUUCUUCAACAGGAAAUAUUACUCUAACAAAACCGCUUGAUUUUGACACAAUGGCAAAGAAUACCCGUUUCCUGAACCUUAGUGUAGCGGAUGGCCAAUCAGCUGACUCAAAAACAAAUCAGACCACAUUGCAAGUAAAUAUCUAUGAUGCAGACGACCAAGUACCGUAUUUCGAGUAUCCAAAUUGUCCAGCGCCGUGUCCAGCACCGGCAUUUGUGUCUGUAACGCAUCUGGCGUACACGGGUCCGUUGGAGAUCACACCACCACUGAAGGGAAAAGAUGAUGACACUCUUGGGACUUAUUUACUUUAUUCUAUAAAGAUUGGUAACAAGAAUAAUUUAUUUACCAUGGACCAAAGCACAGGUGGUAUCACGCUAAGAACUUCUGUUGCUGCAGCUAAUCUACCGGACACAGAGUUUAGGCUCGUUAUUGAGGUAAGAAAAAACCUACAAAACAUUGACCUCUCAUCCGUUGCCGUCCUGAAUGUGAAAGUCUGGGAACGUUGGCAAAAUGACAACAACUAUCAAGGAAAUGAAUCAACAUGUGACAAUGACAAAGUACAUCAAGGAAAUGAAUCAACAAGUGACAAUGACAAAGAAUAUCAAGGAAAUGAAUCAACAAGUGACCACAGCAGCGGGCAAAAUGAUGUAUCCGCCUAUAAAACUGCUGUUAUUAUUCUUGCCGUAGCUCUUGCAAUUGUUACUACUGUUCUUUUUGUUGUGAUUGUAAUGUACAUGUUUCUACGCAGGACAAAACAGCACACAGACACAGAACUGCACAGCAAUUACCAAGAUCUGUCUCCUCAUCAUUUGCGAAAUGGUGGUGUUUAUUCUUGA